AUGUGGCUCCUCCGGGUCUUCUCGUCGGCCGUCUUCCUAGCCGCCACGGUCUCCUCUAUCCCGCUCGCUUUUGAUGUAGGCGGCAAGACGUGCGGCUUGGCUUUCUCGCUUUCUCUGGCCAGCUUCUACUUUCUUGUCUCCUUGUUGAGGCUCUCCACCCCCGACCGCUCCUGGUUUCGCUCAUCCCUCGUCGCCCUCAUCCGCUCCACCCAAUGGAUUCUGGUCCCAAUCCUCUUGAUCUGGUCCCUUAAUCGCUUCUCGGUCGACACAGAAGGCAGCGGGGGGUGGGUGGAGCGCACAUUCAACGGCAAGAGGGCCGCGGACAGCUCCCUGCAGGAAUGGCUCUUCGGUCGUGAUGGGCUGGUGGAAAUCGUGACGCUGGGCAACUGGGAUCGCCUGCUGCGCUGGUCGACCCCAGUAUUCCAGCUUGCUGAAGGCUUUUGCAGUCUCCUGGUCAUCCAGGCGGCUGGACAAAUCACCCGCUGGCUUGUCAAUAGGGGUGGACGCAGUGACAGCUGGAUGAUUGGUCUCCUGGUCCUCUCCGCAACCGUUAUUUCCAGCUCUGUCUACUUCCUCUGGCGUGUUCUUCAGUUCCCCGAGAUCUCAAAUGUCGAUGCGGCCUUGAUCGGCGUGUCCGUUACCUGCGCCGUCAUUCUCUGCGCUUGGGGGAUUGGUAGUGGGCGGGGAAAUCCGGUCGAGAGCUCCCUGCUGUUCGCCUACAUCGUCCUCUGCAUUUACCAGAUCUUUACGGACUACCAGCCAUCCUACCCCGUGGAGCAAAUUCCCUCGCCCUCGCAAGCAGCCGACUUUCCUCCGCUCCCGCCAAUUAUCAUGGCCUCUUACACCACCCUCAUGCAUGCGCUAUCCUUACUGCCAUCGAUCAUCCAUGCAGCAUUCAAUGUGAUUACCGCAGUCUUCAGCGCGGUCACCCCCUCUGUUCUCAUCUCGCUUGCCUACCGAUUACUCGUGUUGUACGCCUCAACUCGGAUUAUUCCUGCGGUCCGCGAGGCUGGGGCUCGCGCUCUGUCUCAGGAGGCCUCCCUUGACGAUUCCGAUGCUGCUGGUCAACUGCUGGGUUUCCUCAGCUACUUCUCCCCGUCAAUCUUGAUCGCUGUCUAUACCAGCCUCUUGAUGCAACAUUUUGCAUCUGCAUCCCAGGCAAUGGGCGGCAACGGGGAGUGGUGGAGCAGCCAAGGCGGCGGCGGAGGUAACCUCUGGAGAUGGAUCAACCUCGCUUGCACGAUGGCACUUUACGCUGUUGAACUCUGGCUUGGCGAGCACGAUGAUCUGGACCAUGGUCUGGCUGGCCAUUGGAAAACCGACUGA